UGAGGAUCUCGUCUGCCGUGAGGGUUUGACGCGAGGAUUGGUUCUGUGGUAAAAAGGCUACUUCGCUAUGAAUCGCUCGCCUCUGACGAAGUACUGCAAUAAAACAUAUCCACAUAGCAAGUGUACAUUUCCCUGGCGACAUAACCCUCAGGUGCGCGGGCUAUGAGCCAGCUUUCGGGUUGUUUGCUCCUAGUGAACCUUCGAAAGAGAUGCUAAUGCUAACUGCUUAGCUUUGUUUACAUGGUUCGCGCGCCUGGGAUCCGCGAUCUGAACUUUUAAGAUUCGCUGCAGCUCGCCUGGUGUUUCGGCGUCGGCGCGGGGAACUAGUUCACGGCUGAAUGGAUUAUUUAUCCCGCGACGGUCGAUGUUCAGUGGAACCGUUUGGCUGGUGCCGCAAGCUAACGUUAGCCACCUAGUGCUAACUCUUGAUAAUGGACCGCUGUCGGAAUAAUGUGAGCGAUUAUCCGCGCAGACUGAAGCAUUGAAGCGCCUUGUGGCUGAAACACACCGCCUGCUGCGGCUGUCUUCGCUAGACACCUGCCGGGUUUUGUCGUGUUCCGUGUGUGGGCUCUUCUUUUUUUUUUUCACCUGUGAUAUUGUUUAUUGUGGCGCGUUGACAGGUUAUCGAACCGAUCGUUUCCCCUGCCGGGUGUUUUGAAACGUUGCGCACCGUCGCUGAGACGCCAGCAUAGUCUGGAUCUAAACAAGCGGUAGAAGCCGGAGACUGCGGAGCACAGCGCUAUGAACCCGGUCAAUGCAACCGCCCUGUAUGUGUCCGCCAGUCGGGCUGUGCUGCAGUGUGACCCGCGGCAGCCGCACACCUUCUCUGACAUGUACUCGCUGCUGCCCUACUUCCGCCAGUCCCUCGCAUGCCUCGUCUGUGGCAAACUACUUCAAGAUCCGAUUUCGACAACUCACCCUGAGUGCGAGCACUACGUGUGUUUGGCCUGUAAGGGCCAGAAGAUGAGGAUCAGGACUUCUUGUAACAGAUGUAAGGACUACUCCAGCUUCCAGGAGAACAAGCAGCUCUCUCUGUUGGUGCAGUGCUACAGGAAGCUCUGCCUCUUCGUCACCCACUCGCCUCUGCUGCAGUCCAUCAGCAGCCAGGUGGACGGCAGCCCCGAGGUCCUGGCUCUGCUGGAGGAGGUGCUGGUCUCGUAUGGAGAUGAGAUGGAGACGGAGGACCAGGAGGAAGCCGCUGAGCCAGAGUCUUCUGCCCCCACGGAGCCACCGUCAGAACAUUCAGCACAUGCUGCUUCCUCCGACCAGCCGUGCACCAACGGACCCCGGGAUUGCAACGGAGAAGUGCUUGAUGACCUGGACCCUUCCUCUCCGGAGCUGGAGGUGUGUGAGCUGGUAGAGGAGCAGACGCAGCGGGAGCUCUCUGUUCCAGCUUCUGGUUUGGAAGUGGACCUGGCCGCUCGACCUCUAGCCCAAGCUCCAGUCUGUUCACUCAGGGAUGGUGACUCCAACAGCAGGGGGCUGGAGGAGGGCGAGGUGUUGCUCCUCAGCGUGGAGGAGGUCUUACAAACUCUGGACCCGAUUCAGCCCAGUGGAGAUGUUGCUCAUCUCCAGUUAGACCGGACACAUGCGCACAUUGCCCUGGACAAACCUCACACUGAGAUGUUCAUCCAGCUGGACGCUGCUCACAAUUACUCUCAAGUCCAGAAGGACAGGACUCACGUCGUGGUCGGCCACGGUGGUCUCUCCAACUCGUCUUCAUUAGAUCCUGCUGCCUCCUUCUCCUCCUCCCCUCCUGUCCGUCUCAACCGCAAGCGCUCGCGCUCGGAGAGCGACCGAGAGAAGGUGGUCCCCCUUCCUAUAGGCUCCAUCCUGAACGGCCCCACCCCACACGUAGACACUCCCAACUCCUCUGACAUGCCACACACUCCUCUCCCUCCCUCCUUAAACUUGCCUUCACACACGUUCUUGUCCUUCUCUAAUGGGGCGCCCCCCAAGUCCAACCGCGCUGCUGUGAACCACUGCAAGGGCCCUCGGAAGAGCGUCGACCCCAAGAAGCCGCACACGAAGGCCCGCAGCGGUGCAGGCGCGAAGAGCAAAGAGCGGAGCAAAGACCCGCGGCUGACGCCGGGCUGCCCGGUCGCUUCGCCGCCCGUCAGACCGCCGUACAAGAAGCCGGUGGAGAAGAAGGGCUGCAAGUGUGGCAGGGCCACUCAGAAUCCAUCGGUGCUGACGUGCCGCGGCCAGCGCUGCCCCUGCUACUCCAACCGCAAGGCCUGUUUGGAUUGUAUCUGCAGAGGUUGCCAGAACUCCUACAUGGCCAACGGCGAGAAGAAGCUGGAGGCCUUCGCCGUGCCGGAGAAAGCCUUGGAGCAGACGCGGCUGACCCUGGGCAUCAACCUCACCAGCAUCACGGCAGCUGCAGCGCUACGAAACCCAGCAACGACCAGCAUCCGCACCAACACCCUGCUCAACGUUGCCACGGCGACGGGGACCCCCGUGACCACAGCCUUCCUCACGGCCAGCCCGCCUCAAGAGUCGAACUUUGAGGACAGUCUGGAGCUGCUGAUCGGAUGAGAGGCGGCUGCGCGCGGUCGCGGUGAUUGAAUGUGAUGGCUGACGGUUGGCGACCCGCGCCUUGCUCCUGGAGUCCACGGCAGCUACAGUUCUGUCCCCUAACCUGCUCCAGACCAGGCCUAAUCGUGAGACUGGCGAGGCCGUGCCAAAGCCUCCUGUGUCCUGUGCCUGUGGAGGUUGUUGGGCUCCUUUUAACAUUCCUAGCAUCAUGUCGGUCUCUGAGUCACAGAACAGCUGCAGUCAGGUCACGAUCAGCAGAUGUGUCCCUCCUCCUGUCCGUGUGUGUGUAUGUUUAAAAUGUAUGUUUCCGUUUUUGGGCAUUACUUGAACCCUCAAUAGCUCUAGACUUGUUUUUUUUUUUUUUAAAUCGUUUGAGGACUUUCGCUGAAACAUUCACUGCCAUAAUAUUACAACAUUAAUUAAAAGAUAGUUUUUUACUUUUUCACUUUCG